AUGUUUAAAUUUGGAUAAGAGAAAUUCACAAAAAAGACUUUGCCUAAGAAUUUUGCAGACUAGAUUCUCAAUCUUGAAAUGGAAAUAGAAUUGAAUGAUCAAGUUUAAAUAGAACUUAUACAAGAUUUGAUUUCACUAUAUAUGGUAUUCAUUUAUCGUCAUCUCAUUUAGGAAGGAGUAGAAUAUUAUGAAUCCAUUAAGGAUAGAAGACAUCUUUAUUUUUAGAGAAAAUUGAAUGCAUUAAUGUUAAAACCUACUUUUAUUAAUGCAACUUAAAAAUAUGAAGAAUCACAUAAACCAAAAGAUGACAAUUAAAUUAAAAGAGCAAAAUUUCAAGAAUAAACUCGUAGAAUUGAGCUUGAUCUCAUUUAUAGUCAAACUGAAUCAAAAGAGGUAUUCAUUUCAUUUUGUGAUUGAGGCUCAAGUUAAAGGAAUUGUUGAUAAUCACACAAAUUAAGUUAUGAAAAUUGAAAGUCUUAUCAAAAAUGAAAUUGCAAAUCAAUCUGAUGCUUUUUAAAUGCGUCUUGAAAGACGUCGUCGUUCAAAAUUGACUCAUUCUCUAAGUCAACCAGAAAUAGAUCUAUAAUCUUAGAAAUCUGGUAAUAGCAAUAAGAAAAAAUAAAUUGAAAUACAUGAAUAAAUAGGUAUUAAUUAUAUAUAUAUCUAUUUUUAGUGUAAAUCAAAUAAAUAAUUCAUGAAGAAGAUGAAACAGCAGCUAAUAGAAAAGAUUCCACAUUAAAAUAAACUAAAGAAAAGAAAUGGGAAAUAAUUCAUAAUUCAUCUCUUAUUUAAGAGAAUAAGUAUAUUGCAAUUUAUUAAAAUCAUAGAAAACGAACUAAUAGUUUAAUUCAGAGAAGAAGAUCUGUAUUUCUGACUACCAAACAAAUGAUAUAAACUAAAAGAUCCUUAAGUUGUGGAGCUGCAAAACCUGUGGAAGAAAUCAAGAAUGAAUGA